AUGCUAGCAAGUGUGACUAGUACUCUGUAUAAGCAACUAGAGAGCUGUAAGACUACUAAAGUAAUUCUAGAUAAGUUAGAAGACAUGUUUGGAGGCCAAGCUAUCUUGGCUCGACAAUCUACCAUAACUAGCUUGACGAAUGCCCAGAAUAAACCUGACACUUCAGUCAAAGACCAUAUGAUCACUCUCAUGGGCUACUUUGUCGAGGCCACAGAUAAUGAGGCCAAUUUGGACCAAAAUACUCAAAUUGAGAUAGUGUUCAAAAGUUUAUCCAAGGGCUUUGUAGGCUUUCGGGCUGCAUAUAACCUUGGAAACAAAAGCCUGACGUUUACACAACUCAUGAAGGAGCAAGAAAUGGCACUUCAAGGAAAACUGUAA